GUUGAUCAGAUCACAUCUAAGGGAUUUAGAAGCACAGAAGAGCAGAGAUUUGAGGGGGCUAAAAAACACCCUGAGACACCCAAACGAAUCCACACACCUCGUCCCUUUCUGUUAUCCGAACUCCCUCUGUACAACGCGCGCACAGUGGGAGAGAGACUGCGAGGCUGUUGCUCACUUUUUGGCCCCAUCCUUGGCCAAUCCGCUUCUUUUUUUCUUAAGAUCAAUUUUUACCUCCCCUUUAAGAUACCCUUUUUCACCAACCCUUCUGUACUUGCUGUUGUGCCCGGAGUGGCAGCGAUUUCCCUGCCGGAGAGACAUGUCCUUCCCGCAGCUGGGCUACCCCCAGUACCUGACCGCCGGCCAGGCUGCAGUCUAUGGAGGCGAACGGCCGGGCGUUUUGGCCGCGGCAGCAGCAGCAGCGGCCGCAGCAGCAGCAGCCGGAUCCGGAAGGCCGACAGGAGCUGAGUUGGGCAGCAGUUCUACCGCGGCAGUCACUUCAGUGCUGGGCAUGUAUGCCAGCCCGUACAGCGCCCCCAACUACAGCGCCUUUCUACCCUACACCACCGAUCUCACCCUUUUCUCCCAAAUGGGAUCGCAGUAUGAACUGAAAGACAAUCCUGGUGUCCAUCCAGCUACGUUUGCUGCGCACACUACUCCAGGCUAUUACCCCUAUGGGCAAUUCCAGUAUGGAGACCCAGGGCGACCCAAGAAUGCCACCAGGGAGAGCACCGGCACUCUAAAGGCUUGGCUCAACGAGCACAGGAAGAACCCAUAUCCAACCAAGGGGGAGAAGAUCAUGCUGGCCAUAAUCACCAAGAUGACCCUCACCCAGGUCUCCACGUGGUUUGCCAAUGCCAGAAGGAGGCUUAAGAAGGAGAAUAAGGUCACUUGGGGGGCAAGAAGUAAGGAAGAUGACAACAUCUUUGGCAGUGAUAAUGAAGGAGACCAUGAAAAAAAUGAAGAUGAUGAGGAAAUUGACUUGGAGAGCAUAGACAUUGAUAAAAUUGAUGACAACGACGGUGAGCAAAGCAACGAGGAAGAGGAUGAGAAACUGGAGCACUUGAGACAGGGCGAGAAAGAAAGUUUGAAAAAGGAGAGUGAGGUGAUGAUUCCAAGUUCAGACGGCCUUAAACCAAAAGACUCAAUGUCGCUGGGUAAGGAAAGUUCUGAUACUAGCAAUACCAGAAUCGUAAGUCCUGGUGGACAGGGCAACAUACAAGUGCCACCUCACAGUAAACCAAAAAUCUGGUCCUUGGCAGAAACAGCAACAAGCCCAGAUGGGGCCUUGAAGUCUUCUCCUCCACCUUCUCAAGGCAAUCACACAUCUCCCCCAAUCCAGCACCCAGCCUUUCUACCCAGCCAUGGACUAUACACGUGCCAAAUUGGCAAAUUUCACAACUGGACAAACGGGGCCUUCCUCACACAGAGCUCUCUGAUAAACAUGAGGUCCUUGUUGGGUGUAAACCCGCACCAUGCGGCUCACCAUAACCACCACCACCUUCAGGCUCAUCAACAAGCUCCAUUUUUAGCAACAAACCUGAGUUCCCUCAGCAGCGACAAAACUCCAGAACGGACCAGUCCCAAGCACUCAGACAGAGAAAAUGUACCCAGAACCGACUCACCACCUCAGUUAAAACCUUCCUUCCAAGCUGUUCGUGAAAACACCCUUUCUCAGCAAGAAGGCACCUCUCGUAUAUUGACAGCACUUCCCUCUGCCUGACUGCUGGAAGCAAUGAUAAAAGAGCCCUUACCAAAAUAUGGACAGAACUGGGUAUCCUAUAAAUGAAUCCCAACCCUCUUUUUGCAAUAAUGUGCUACACGUUCAGACUGCCCAAUUUUUACUUAUCUCUAGACGGAUCCCCCAUUUUCCGUGUUCCAUUUCAGACCUUGUAAAAACUAACCCUGGUCGGAUAUUUUUUAUGUUUCCCAAGUAUUUGUGUUUAAUUUUUCUCUCUCUCUGUGUAUAUAUAAAGUGAUCUCAGAAUGUAAAUAGCGCGCAAGCAAAAACUUGUCUAAAGCAUAUAUUUUUGUCUAAUAAACUAAAUGAAAUUAUGAAAAA